AUGGCAGACACCGCAGAAUACACAGUCGGCUGGGUAUGCACCCUGCCUACCGAAUUCAACGCAGCGAAGGCUUUCUUCGACGAGAAGCACCAUGACUCCCCUCCUGUCUCAGAGCACGAUAAAAACAGCUAUGCGCUGGGCAGGAUCGGCCAUCAUAACGUUGUGGUCGCCGUCUUGCUUGACGGGGAGUAUGGUUCAACUUCGGCUGCUGUAGUGGCCCGAGACAUGCUGCAUAGCUUCCCUAAUAUACGCAUUGGGCUCAUGGUCGGCAUCGGCGGCGGCGCGCCCAUACCAGCGCAUACUUCAGAGCAUAUCGCCGAGCCUCAAAGACGAUGCAAUUCGUCUCUUACAGUUUCUCGUUCAUGCCGACCGACCUUUGACAGUAGCGGAAGCUGUGGACUACGGCUCGCCCACUUUUCAGUCAAGAAAUAUCUGGUGGACCAAAGCCAGUUCAAACUUGAGACUGCCAGUAGCGCAAUCGCGCGGACUUGCUUCACCUACAUCAGAAGCAUUGAUUCCAGCUACCAGACCACGCGAGCAAACUUCCCUCUGGCACGAUAUGCUGCGGAAGUUGUCAUGAAACACGCUCGGUUAGCAGAAUCUUCUGAUGAGAUCGUCCAAGAGACAGUAGCUUUCUUCCAGAAAGAGACUACAUUCAAACGAUGGGCCUAUCUAUAUCAGCCCGACCUACCGUGGGAGGAUGAGCCUGACCCCCCCAAAGCAGAAUGCCUUUAUUAUACUUGUCUCGGUGGACUCUCAAGGGUAUCCAGCCUUCUGGUCUAUCAAGGUGCAGACGUCAACGCGCAGGGCGGCUACUACGGCAAUGCUCUCCAGGCUGCCUCUUCCAAUGGCCAGCGACGACUAUUGCAGACCUUGGAGAACUGCUCUCAUGGCUGGGAGCAGCCCUCCGACCAUCUCCUCGAGAACAUGGCAUCAUUUAUUGCACGCCUCACAUCAAGAACGUCAAAAAUGGAACACUUCAACAGCCGAAUAUCAAUCAGCGGUGGAAAGUUUGUGUCGGCUGGCAUGGGCAUCCGCCUUGGAGUUGCGCAAACCCCUGUUCACAUCGCUCGGGACACAUACUUCGAAAAGAUGAACUGGAUCGCUAAGCAUUACGCUGUUCUUUGGGACGAAGAAGAGAACAGAGGUUGGCUCGUCAAUGGACCCAGCGCGUUGCUUCAUAUGGUGCUGGCAUCCCUUCACAGCGACCUCAACGGGAAAAUGAAUUCAAAACUCCGGUUCAAGAAAGAGAGCCUGGAGUUAUCGACGGACCAUCACACAGCUAAAUCGGCCCUUGAGGUUUUGACGGAACAGAAGAAUAAGGACCUGAAGAUACACAUUGAUAAGGUUGAGACAUGGACUGAAGAGACUUCUGGCGAGGGAGAUGCUUCUCCAACAACGAUCACGAAGACCAAGACGACAUAUACCCGAUUCGAAGACCGUGUCGAGAAGAUUUACUGCCUGUUGGAACAGGCUAUGGAACAACAAACUUCUAUCGAACGACAGGAUGGUUUAGAUUUGAAGAUGAGGGUCAGGAAAUAUUUCGAGGGGUGGGAGUUCAGAGACUUCGCUACCGGCGAAGACUUCGUCUAUCCCCGCGUCAAGACUCUCCAGACAAUUGCGAAGGGCUGGGUUGACUUUACGAGAGAAAUCAACGCAGUUGCGAUCUUUGGAAAGGGUUUUGGGGAGAUUAUCCGUCCAGUUGAUGGCGAUUCGGUGUGUGGCUCCUGGGCGCAGCAGCCCUCGCAGAAGUAUUACUUGGCAGCAUGCGCAUCGGACCUCAAAGACGCCCCUGAGAUCAAGUUCAACGGUCACGAAGUCAAGGUCGGCAAACGUGUCGUCUGGAAGCUACCUGAUGAUCUUUUCAAACCCUGCAAGUGUACCUCGGAUGGGACAGGCAAGGUCGACCACUCUCACAUCGUCCAAGUUCUAACAUCACAAAGCGGGAAACAUUACCGUGUACCAAGGAGUACAGGUGAAGUCCAGCUGAACGGGAAGGGAGCUGUAAUUUUUGGUUACAACUCCAUGUUCUCUUUGAAUUGGAGCGACAAAGGGAACCCCGUGGCAGAGGAGGUCCCGGGGAGUGAUUUUCUCGAAUCACCACGACAAGAGGAAGAGUUCAGCGGUAUCGGGUCAAGUACGGCGUCGAUGACGCUCAGCGGGACAGAAGCACAGACAGAUUUAACCCAAGUUGUGACGUCGACGCCGAGUCGUAUAAUUUCCAGCCCGGCGUUGGAAAUGGAGGCAGGUCAACAAACGAAGGUGAUACCAUCAAGUGAACAUGGACAAGACGCAGCGUCCAAUUACAAAACCGAUCCCUCUGGUGGUCAAAAUGGCGAACCAAUCACGCAGACGAGCGAACCUGAACAGGCCAUUACUGCUGCGUCGUCAAAAGAUGCUUUAGGAGCGUUGAUUGAAGGAGAAGGCAAUCUCCAACGAUUUGAGCUUGAGAAAGGUGGCCCUGGAGAAGUCUCGGGACAGAACGGUCUGAACUGCGGGACUGGCUUCGAGAACAGGGGAGGAAAAUGA